UGCAAUUCACUCGACGUCAUCAGUGUUCCGGUCUUUUCUUGCGGCCAAUCAUGGCGGAGCAGACUGAGAGAUCCUUUCAGAAACAGCCCACUGUAUUUCUAAACAACAAAAAGAAUUUGCUCUCUGCCAAAGGGAAGAAGAAUAACAGAUACUUCAGAAAUGUUGGUCUAGGCUUCAAAACUCCAAGAGAGGCCAUUCUUGGAACUUACAUUGACAAGAAGUGUCCCUUCACAGGAAAUGUGUCCAUCCGUGGUCGCAUUCUGACAGGAGUCGUACAAAAAAUGAAGAUGCAGAGGACGAUUGUCAUUCGCAGGGAUUAUCUGCACUACGUUAAAAAAUACAAAAGAUUCGAGAAACGUCACAAGAAUAUGUCUGUGCACCUUAGCCCAUGCUUCAGGGACGUUGAGAUUGGAGACAUUGUAACGGUGGGAGAAUGUCGACCACUCAGUAAGACUGUCCGCUUCAACGUACUGAAGGUCGCCAAGGGCGGGGCCAACAACAAGAAGGGAUUCAAAAAAUUCUAAUGUGUCAAUAAAAAAAAUCAGUUAAA